AUGACUUUUAUUCAACGUCUUACAAUUAAUUUUCGUGAGAUACAAAAGAAUCCGCCUCCAUUAUGUUAUGCAGAACCUGAAGAUCCCAGUAAAAACAUGUUCCAUUGGAUUGGUUGGAUUGAUGGACCAAAUGAUACACCAUAUGCCGGUGGCCAGUUUCGCUUGACAAUCGACUUUCCGCCCGAGUUUCCAUUCAAACCGCCUACGAUUCGUUUUAUUACACCAAUUUUUCAUCCAAAUAUUAGUACAAAAGGUGAGAUUUGUUUGGAUAUACUUCAUUCACAAUGGUCUCCUGCGUUAACUGUACGUGCUCUUUUGAUAUCGUUAUGUUCGAUGUUGACAGAUCCAAAUCCUGAGCAUGGACUCAACAGAGAUGCACUGAAACUCUAUCGAGCAGAUCAGAAAAUUUACAAUGAAACAGCGAGAGAGUGGACAGAGAAAUAUGCUAUGAAGAAUGGCAAUUAA